CAGAUAAGGCUUUACUGCAUGCAGUAUUGAGUGGCUCCAUAAAUAAUAAAGAUGGCAGAGUCAAGGAUGAUGGGUAUAUAUACAUGGUACUUGAAUAUGGAGAAAUUGAUUUGGCUCACAUGCUGUCCCAGAAGUGGAAGGAAAUGGAUGGGUCGAACCAGACCAUAGAUGAGAACUGGCUACGAUUCUACUGGCAGCAAAUUCUUCUGGCAGUCAGCACCAUACAUGAAGAGCGAAUUGUGCACUCUGACUUGAAGCCGGCUAAUUUCCUGCUUGUCAGAGGCUCUCUUAAGCUGAUUGAUUUUGGGAUUGCUAAAGCUAUAAUGAGUGAUACAACCAACAUCCAACGGGAUUCUCAGGUAGUUUUGAGUCUAAAAUGAAGGCAAGGAGGAAAUGAGGCGCAAAAAUGAUCAGAAAUGGAGAAGUGAAGUUUUCUCAGUUCUACUGGGAAAAUGAAUCCCAGUUGAAGUAGGAAUCCUGAGUCA